GCAUUUUUCAAAAGCAAGGUUAAGGUAGAAGUAACAGUGGUCUGACUCGUGUUUCGUUUCCAUUUCGAGUCCUCUUAUAUGUGGGAUCGUAUUUUGUGCUAACUAGGAUAAAAAAUGGAUUACGAUAAUGUGGAUGAUGACUUUGACAUUUCGGAAGCCAGGCAACUCGUGAAAAAAAUGAACAGGAAGAAUAGAAAAUCUGGGGGUUUUCAAUCCAUGGGUCUCAGUGCAGCAACUUUUAACGGAAUAAUGAAGAAAGGUUACAAAAUGCCAACUCCGAUUCAAAGAAAGGCUAUUCCUAUGAUUUUAUCCGGUCGUGACGUUGUUUCUAUGGCGCGUACUGGGAGUGGAAAAACAGCAGCAUUCCUGAUACCACUCUUUGAAAAAUUUCCAUCCCACUCACCUGCCGGUCCACGUGCUUUAAUCAUGAGUCCAACGAGAGAACUGGCUAUUCAAACCUUGAAUUUUACAAAGGAGGUAAUCUUAUUUUUUAUUUUUUUGCAUAGUAAAUUAGCUUGGUAAAUUUACACCACUCAAGGCCACAAUAAUUCUUGGAGGUGACAAGUAAGGUGCUUUUAUUAUUUAAAUUUGUAUAUAUAGAAUGGAAGAUCAGUUUGCAGCACUCCACAAAUCACCAGAUAUGUAGGUUAAUUAAGUAACAUUAAUAUUUGUAGAAUUAUUGCUACACCAGGGCGGUUUUUGCACGUCUUAAUGGAAAUGAACUUAUCGCUAAAGUCUAUUGAAUAUGUUGUGUUUGAUGAAGGCGAUCGGCUUUUCGAACUUGGAUUUGCAGAACAGCUUUCAGAAACUUUGAAACGUCUUCCACGUAGCCGCCAAACCUUAAUAUUUUCGGCAACAUUGCCUAAAAACUUGGUGGAAUUUGCACGUGCUGGACUAGUAGAUCCUAUUCUACUUCGACUAGACUUGAAUUCUAAACUGAGUCAAGACUUAAAGUUAGCACACAUAACUUGCCUUCCAGAAGAGAAGAAUAUAAUUCUUGUACAUUUAUUGGGAAAGGUGAUACACAAGGAUGAGCAAGCUGUAGUGUUUUUUGCCACCAAGCAUCAUGUUGAAUCCUUUCAAAUGUUAUUAACCGAUCUUGGCUUCGAAUGUACGUGUAUUCAUUCGGGACUUGAUCCAAGCGCAAGGAAUCUUUCUCUGAAGAAAUUUCGUUCUCGAACUGCUCGUGUUCUACUUGUAACAGAUGUUGCUGCAAGAGGUGUGGAUAUUCCUCAUCUUGAUAAUGUAAUUAAUUUCCAUUUUCCGGCCCAACCCAAACUCUUUUUACAUCGAGUGGGUCGUGUCGCUCGUGCUGGUCGACGUGGGGUUGCUUAUUCUUUAGUCGAUCCCGAAGAGUUACCUUACCUACUAGAUGUAUUCAUGUUUUUAGGUAAAGAGUGGAAAGUGUGCCAGUCAUCAAAUAAACAAGUAGAAUGGGAAAGUGACUGUGUUGGCAGAGCACCAAGAAGCAUUAUGAGCAAUCUGGCCGCUCGUAUUGAAAGUAUUUCAUCCAAAAAUUCUUCUCUUGAAUCAAUGAAGAAGGUUUGUGUCAAUGCGAUGAAACGAUUCCUUCAAAUUCGUCCAAAUGCAUCUUGGGAAUCUAUUCGACGUGCAAAAGAUCUAAGAGAUGCGCACUUUUCAUUGCCUGUUCACCAGAUUUUUGAUAAUUCAGCAGAAAAAGAAGAUGGAACAAGUAAUGAGAUAUUAGGUGUUAUACGACAACUCAAAUUGCCUACUAUAUUUGAAGCUUUGGGCAAACAUGUGAAUCCUGAAGCUUUUGCUACAAUGAUGAAGAAAAGAAAACUACAUGAUCACAUUAUAGCACGUCGUGCUGCUCAGCGAGCUGUAGGUCAAACCAACAAUGUACUGAAGAAUUUAGUAGAGAGAAAGGUCUCAUUAACUGACCAACUAGGUGCAUGUAAUGCUAAUGAUGAAAUGUCGGAUAAUUUGGAAAAUAUUGACUUCUUUGUCCCAUAUUCACGUGGUGAUGAAGCAACAGAGAAUGGGUUAUCAAUUACUGGAACGAAAAGUCAAUUUUGUUUAGAUGCAGCAGCGGCUUCAUUAGAUUUACUAAAUGAUGAAUCUCAACAAGUCAAUGGUGGAGUUGCAGGAUCACAUAGUCGAAAGCUUGUUUGGGAUCGUAAACGCAAACGAUUUACUGGAAUGGAUGCUGCUCAAGGCAAAGCAAAUAUGAAACGUAUUAAAACUGAAAGUGGUGUAUGGAUUCCUGCAUCAUACAAAACAGACAAAUAUAAAUUGUGGCUUAAAAAAUCCAAGUCAGAUAUUAUACAGGAAACAAGCAAAACCACAGAAGAAUCAUCCUCCGUUAUCGAUGCUUCAAAUACGCGUAAACAAUUUUCAAAAUAUGGUGAUGUAAUUGAAUUACCUGAUACAAAUGAAGUGACCGGUAAACAAAAUCAUUUUUUCAAAUCAUCGACAGGGAAAAAGAAUAAAAAACAGCAGUUAACACCGAAAUUCACAGUAAUUGGAUCACAAAAAUGGCAAGACCGAGCAACUUCUCGACAGAGAGAACGUUUACAGAAUGCAGAAGAAAGGCAAAAAAUACGCAAACCAAAAGGAUCUCGAACAUUUGGUCAACUCAGGCUACCUGAGCAAAUAUUGAAGCAACGUAAAUUGCGCGAAAAACAGAAACAACGUGCUCAGAAAAACAAGAAUAAUAACCAGUCACACAAAAAACGGAAACAUUAAAGUAUUUUAACUAUACUAAUUUCUGUACAGUUAAUUUUAUUUUAUUGAGAUAACGUAUUUAAGUAAUAAGAAUUCUAUUGUGAACAAUA